UUCAAGUUCUCAUAUUUGUAAACAAAGACAUUUAAUAUAACUGCACAACUUGUCCACCAGUCAUACUUAGUAUUUUCUAAUUAUUCAUAAAAAGGGCCAACACCGAACACGAGAAGAGGUACACCACGAUAAUUCAAUCAAUUUUCAGUUCAUUUUAGAUUGGAACAAUAAUUAAGACAGUGUUCGUUGAGGACUAGAGGAAGAUUCCAGGUACCUCAACAUACUUGAAAGGCCACACAAUAUCAUAAGCAAGCCAAUUUACUGGCAUAAAACAUCAUCAUGCCAGAAAAUCCGACUGAAGUCGCAUCAAGCGAGGAUGGAUCAUCCACUGCAUAUUUUGUGCAAUGUUGUGACAUUGAUGUCAUCAAAAACAGCCUUCAUACUGUGCUUAAACAUAUCAGAGAGGACCAAAACAGCAGUGACAAUACCAUAGUUCUAAGCAGCAGACGUCGUCUGACCAGUCUGCUGACUGUGUGUGGGUACCCGCAGUUUUUUGUGUCGUUGUGCCGGGAGUUCAACCUACUCAAGAAUGAUCGAGUUACUCUUCUGUCUCCCAUGGAUCAGCUUAUAGCCAUACAGCUCUGUCUUGCAGAGAAAAACAAACAGGAAACUGGUGACUUUGAUGUUGAAUCAAGCAUCGUUAUUCAAGCCUCAAAAGACAUCAACAACUCAAAACUGCUGAGUAAUUAUGACAUCACUUCCUGCAGUCAGGAGUCUGGGAUAUGUGAACUGUACAGGAAGUUCAUGGAGGAAUGUAACUGCAUUGACAUGUGUGACGCCUUUAAACUUGUGAAAGAGGCCUGCGAAAAGGAUGAAUCCAUGAGAAAACAACUGCUGAAGAAAACUCCAGUCAUCCUUGAUGCGCCUAAAUCAGAAAUCGAUCGACACAUGUUAAAGUACUUAUGCGAGGGACGGCAAGUGAGAGCAGUUGAAGUUGAAGUUCCCCUGGACUGUGAAGACAACAUAACUGUUACCAUUGACGACGGUUGCCUAGAUACACUGCUGGUGGAGAAGGAGGUCAUGAGCACUGUGAAGAAAGCCCCAUCUAUCACAGAUGCGUAUGUUCGUAUCAUCUAUUUGUCAUACCUGGAGUUACUGGUGAACUCGCGCUCAGAGCUAGCCAUGUCCCGUGUUUUCAAUGUACCGGAACGUGAACUUACCCAUGCAGCCUUCACUGAUCUAAAACACCAGGCCAGGCAGAAAAACAUGACCAUGUACCAGACAGCAACUUCAUACAUAAUGCGUAUCCGACUGGGCGGGAAAGGGUAUGCCCCAGACUCAAGUAACCCCCUGGCUCCACAUGUAAAGGGGGUUGGGGAGUUUGUGUCCCUGAUGCAUCGUAUGGAGACUGUGCUGGAGGAGGAACCUGAUAUCAGAUCUGCAUGUAAGCGUACAGUGAACAUCGUCAAGCGAGAGAUGGUGAAAUGUCGGGACAGUAAGAUACGUCAGUCUAGCGUGGAGAGUGUGGCUGAACUCUUACAUGAACAGAUAGCUGCCAUCAUCGAUACUCUGGACACCCAGAUUGUUGACACACCUGGAAAGCCUGCAGCAAGUGGGGGCUCCCUGACGAGUCGAAGAGCCCGUAAAGCCUUACGCCGCCUUCUGGACAAACUGGCCACAGUGGAUGAUGACAUGUCCAGUCUUGACCACUUGACCGACAUCUACUCUAGUCAACGUACACCGCUACGCUUUCCCUCCGUUCUAUCUCAGUUUAGGUCUCCUAUGGAAGACUUGGAAGUGACGAGCCCUGGAAACCGGUUUAACCAGUCACUGUCACAGAGAGUACUGAACCAGUCGCUCAAGAAACAGACGCCGGUGUAUGCAAAGCGUUACAAGUCGACAUAUGACUGGGCAGACCCGGCUCACAACGUUGAUGUAACUGGAGAUGAUGACAUCAUGGCCGCAUCACAGGUCUUUAUUCUGCCAAGUAAGACAGUUGUCCAUGCUGGCUCAAGGCUGAGUUCCGGUGAAGCCCAAAAAGCCCUUGAAGCCAUGUUGGAGAAGGACGUGGGUACAGACACCAGUCUAUCAGAUGUUACAAAUGCCCGGAACCAGUCUAAACAUACCAAGAAAUCUUCUGAUGAUGAUAAUAAAGAUAAUGGAAACAAAAAGCCUGGAGGAAAGAAAACUAAACCAAUUGAAGAAGAUGGUAAAGCACUUGAGGCGAAAGGUAACCAGUCUAAAAAUUUGAAAAAACGAGCUCUACCAAUUGAUGCACAGUCUACUGAAACCUCACAACCAGAAAAGAAAAAGAAACAGGACCAGUCAAAGUCGUGUAGGCGAAAACUCUUGCCACAAGUUAAAGGCCAGCAGCAGUUAACAAGCUUUUUCAGAGUUUGACUCACAAACCACUUCCAUUUGUAUUUUAAGGACAAGCAGGUGCAACAUCAGCUUUUAGAAAUUGACCACAAAACCGCGUUCAUGACAGCUGUAAACAUAAAUGACAGUUACUGAUUCAUAAUUCCAAAAUUAUUUUUGGAUUUAAGAACCACCCAUUGUGUUAACAUUUACUGCCAUGACGUCAUCCAGUUUCACAUCAUGUUUUAACUUUUUUUAUACUUCAUGGGGAGAAUUCUAUCUAUAGUUAAUAGUUUUUAUUUAAUUAUUUAUUUAUUUAUUUUGUCAUGACAGUUGAGAUGAGAGCAUGAAAUCAUGAUGCUUUUUGUGUAUUUAUACUUGUUGAUGAAGAUUGGUUGAGUUUUAUCAACGCUUUGUUUUCCUAUUGUGAACACGCACCUAUUUGUUAGCCACAAUGUGUUCACUGUUAUACAUAGUUAUGCAAUUUGAACUUGAAAUUCCCUGUACUUGAUCUUUACCUGUAGAGUUAUAGAUUCCUUGUAUCCUUAGCACUCAAGGAUUGACCACAUUUAUCCAUGUGUUCAUGCCGUAUGAAUGCAGAAGGGCAGGUGAGCAAAUUCCAUGCAGCAUGCUAAAGCCUCUUGGGCAAUUUGCAAAUGUGCCCCACUGCAUUCAUACAGCAUAAAUAUAUGAGAAAGUGUGAUCAAUCAAUAGAUUUAAAUCAUUAUUUGUCAUGAUUAAUAUAUAUAUUUUGCAACUGAGUUUUUAUUAUUCAAGAAAAGUUAUCAGUAACUUAGGUAGAAAAAACUCGAAUAGCGGGUUAUUGUUACAUUGUUUACCAUUGGCUCAAUCAAUUUAAGCUAAUCCAAUCAGAGCACAAUAUUGAAAUUAACAAUAAGGUCAGGCUUUACAAUAUGAACAUACAGAAUUUUCUAUGUACAAAAAGCACAGCGAAGGUAAAUAUUACACCAUGUUUGUUGAUUAUAUUUUUGCAUGCUUUCGUAAAUCUGAGGUUAAUCAUUUACUAUUGGCCAUAAAGUGAUAAACCACUAAAUAUAUUCACAUGAAACUUGGUACAAAUGUUCAAGUCAACAUAACUCUUUCUGAGGUUUCAAGUUAUGCCCCUUGAUUGACUAAAAAAUUGAAUCAAUUGAAAAAAUGGAUGAGUGUUGGUGCUCUAGCAGUGCUUUUGUUGUUCAUUCUAAACCAUGUUAAUGUUAAUAUGUGAAAAUGCACAGAAUCAUUUUUUGUUAAAUUAUGCAAACAUCUAUCUAGUUCUAUUUGAAAGGUUACCUUUAUGAUGUACAAUUAUAUUUAUAUGAUAUUUGUAAACAUUAGUAGGCGAUUGUAUAAAACCGUUUUUUAUAGUUAUAUAAUAUAUAUUAAUUUAUAUUUAUCCCUUGAUCCAAUAAUUACUGAAAUUGUCUUUUUGUGCAAAUUAGCCAAGAUAACAUUUGGAUAACUUAUCCAGCUUUAUACAAUUGGCUUCAGAUCAUUUUUUCCAUUUGUUCAUUGAUUUUUUUUCUGAUCAUCAUUUUCUUUAUACAAGAAACAUGCACCAUCAUCGCAUGUGUUCAUCAUCACCCAUCUCAUUUAUAUUGAUAUUGCAUGUAUUAAUAGAAUACCAAAAAGGUAAAAAUUUUGCUUCUGGUUCCAAUUCUUUAUAGGUUAAGCUGUGUCUGAACAUCAUUUUUACCAUCUCGGUUUUCACACUUGCCAUCACCAUUUGCACACUUAUAUACACCCAACUCAACUUAACUCAACAUUGUUUAUUACAUAUGAAUUAAGGCAACAAAUUGUUCUAACAGAAGAGCACAACAAUAUUUAAUACUAAAAAUAAGUAUAAAAAAAAAAUAAAAAAAAUAUUGGUUUCUUAAGAUGUUUGUAUUGUAUUUAAACUUAGACAGGUUGUUUAGAAUUAUUCUCGAAAUUUUGGAUAAUAAAUUGACAAAUUUUUGCUUUGUUGGCCACAUGUUAUAACUUGUUUUAUAUCUUUGGUUCUUCAUUCUGAAUA